AUGAUGAUGAUAACCAUGGUGAUGAUAGCAAUGACGAUGGCAGCAAUGACGAUAGCAGCAAGGAUGACUUCAAGAGAGCCAGCAGUGAAGAUGGUAGUGAAGAUGGUAGUGAAGACGGAACCGGUCUGUCUUCGAUCGAACAACAAGGACGAGAAGGAAAACGAGCUAGGUCAUGAAGAGAUUAUUGCUGCAUUACAGAAGUGUGAAGAUAUACGUGUUAUAUAUUCGGCGUUCUACCAUUAUUUUGCGAAGGUCGUAAAUUUCGGUCCAUUAUUGUGUGCGUCAGAUUUGCAGAGGGAGGAAUUGCGUUCGUUUACUGAGUGGCGACGGGGACUGAGUGAGUGUGAGUUGGAGGAGAAGGUAGUAAUUGCGCCUUACGAGAAGAAUUUGGAGUACUGGAAACAGUUGUGGAGAACAAUUGAGAGAUCAGAUAUUGUAUUGGAAAUUGUUGACUCACGUAAUCCUCUGAUAUAUCGAUCUGGUGCAUUGGAGAAGUUGAUUGAGAGUUAUGAUAAGAAGGUUAUCUUGUGUCUGAAUAAGGCGGACUAUCUGAAGUUCUGGAUAUUGAUCACAUCCAUUACUGUUCUCUCAGAGAGCUAG